UUAGUUUGUGCUUCAAAUUUCAUAAAAAUAAUGUGUGCCUUGCACGAUUUUCCCAAAUCACCCUUAGACAUUUACCGAGAAAAGGCAUCUUUCGAGUGGAAGAAACUGAAAACGAUUUUGUAUUCCACUGAGUCGAUUAAUUUUCAGAUCAAAUACUACGAUGAACUUAGAAAGCAUCCCACCUUGCUUCACAAGUCUCCGUUGACCCCUUCUCAGGGGAAUCAAAAGAGGAUCGCUACAAUGGAAAUGUUCGACUGUAUCGACAUAAAGAAGAACUGGAAUUGUGAAUGUGCGCCACUUGAAAAAGACUUUAAAGUAACUGUCAAUAAUGUCCCCAGUCUAAAGUCCGGCUUUGUUUUUAAUCUAUUUUCGGAUGCUAUAUCCACAAUGGGUACGGAGCGUCACCAAGAACUUGCCAAAAGAAGUUUAAGGGGAGAGAUCAUAGGGUCACUUGCUCUAACUGAAAUUGGGCAUGGCUCUGACGCGAAUUGUAUUCAAACCAGAGCGGUAUACGAUAAACAUGCAAGAGAGUUUGUUUUAAAUACACCAGGCUUUCUGGCGGCGAAGUGUUGGAUGUUAAAUGUGGGUUAUGUAGCUACGCAUAUAAUUUUAUAUGCUCAGCUCGUAACUCCCGACCAAGUAAACCAUGGGAUGCACACGUUUGUAGUUCCAAUCAGAAGUCCGCGUACUCUGCUACCGUAUCCAGGUGUAAGCGUAACAGACCUUGGUGAAAAGAUAGGUUUAAAGGCGUUGGACAAUGGGUUUAUCAUAUUUAACGACUAUCGCAUACCUAAAGACAGCCUCCUUAACAGACUAGCCGAUGUUAGCGACGAUGGCAUUUACAGUAGUCGCAUUUCGGAUCCCAUCGCUCGAUUUGGAAUUAUAUUGAGCACAUUAUCAAGUGGGCGCGUAAAGACCUUAGGUGUGAGCACCGCACUCGUAAGACACGCAGUGGCCAUCGCGAUAAGAUAUACGGCAGUAUCAAGCAAAAAGCAAGCACCCAUGCUCAAAAAUCCAGCGCAUCAAGUUCGGUUAUUUCCCUGUUUAGCCAUCGCAUACAUGGGGCAUAUUAUCCACACUGAAUUGGAAACGAUACAAAAACGUCUGUUAAACUCGGAUCAAACCUCAGUGCAAUUAGGAACUGAACUUCACGCGGUCACAUCCGCCGGCAAACCCGUAUACACGUGGCUCGCCAGGGGUUGUAUACGUAAAUGCCUGGAGGUUUCUGCUGAUAAUGCGUAUCUGACAGUUUCCGGUUUGGAAGAGAUCCUCCUGAUAUCCGAUCCCGCCUACACUUACGAAGGUGACAAUAACGUACUAAUCCAGCAGACGUCGAAAUGGCUGUUGAAGCUUUGGACCAGCGCACUGCAAGGGAAGACGAUUCAGUUUCCACUUUCCACCGCAAAUUUUUUAUCAGAAACAGAUGAAAUCUUGAAACAGAGGUUUUCAGUCACCUGCUUUGCUAAUUUUACCGCCAUUCGAAGUGUUCACUGCUACGCUCACUAUACCACCUUUAUUUCAGAUAUUGUAGCGUAUUACAGGUGGCUAACCUGUUAUCUCUUAAAAUUGACGUACGACAAGCAGGUGUCGCUACGGAAGCAGGAAAGCAGUACGUUUUUUGUCAACAAUAGUAACCAAGUGUACUUCUCUAAAUCAUUGGCAACUGUCUACUUUUUGCAUUACGUCGUACAAACUGCGAACGAAGUCAUCUCAUGUGUAACCGAUUAUUCUUCGAAGGAAGUGUUACUGAAGUUGUUGUCCUUGUUCGGAGUUUGGAAUCUACGGAAGUACGCACAUUAUUUUUACCAAGGCAAUUACACAAAUGACCCCAACUUUGGACACUACAUCGAGGAGGCGAUUUUAGCACUCUGCAGAAGCCUAACGGACGAUGCUAUCUCGCUAAUCGACGCUAUUCUACCUGACGACUGCCUGCUAAAUUCCGUUCUGGGACAUUCUGAUGGUAAGGUACAUGAGCGAUUGGAAUCUGUAUUGUCGCAAACGUACGGAACGUACGCGAAAUUCCAGUGGAAGGAUGACAUACAUGGAUGUGUUUCAAAGCUUUAAAUUACGCUUCUAUAGAAUGAAACGUAUUUUAACUCAAUCUUGCUAUGUUGGCAAAGAAAUUACUUUAUAAGUUGAAUAACGCUUGAUGCUUGAUUUUGCUUUUGGAGAUUGUACUGUAACGUUCAAGAGGAAUGGUAUCACUGAAAUAAAAUAAAAAAAUCUCAAUCAUUGAACCAGAAUACCCCAAAUACCUUGUUGGGUUCGGUUCUUAUCAAUAAAUCUGUUUCAUGCAAAUAAUUUCCACGGGUCGAUCCCUUUAGGAAUAUUAAAAUUACUUCAAACAAAAUUUCCUACGAACCUUUCUAAAAAUAAUCGGCCACUGCCUUAUACAAAUAAAAAAUUUAAAAUAACUUGCAGUAAUUAACGUGAGUAAUAUAAUCUUCUGGUAACAAUUGAUCUGAUCUCCCGCUUCGUUUAGAAGUAUGGAAACAGAACGAUCCGAUGGUACAGUUGACUUUCCGUACGUUAUCUUCGGGACGAGUGCGAAAUUUGACGGAAAAAAAUUCCUAUUCUUGUGUAGACAACCUCCAAAAAUAAUGACAAUGGGAAAGUUUCAAUUUAUUAAGUGUAAAUCUGUUGGAUUAUUAAACGACAUAAGCA